CUUCACCAAACCAUUUUGAAGUGAUAGUAGACGUAGACACGUUAAUGAAACUUGCUCCAGCCUCGUUGGCAAUGGCCUUUGCCAACAUUGUCUUCCCAGUGCCAGGAGGCCCAAAUAGCAAUAUUCCUCUGCAUGGCUUUAAAAGGCCUCCCUUGAAUAGGUCUGGUCUUCGAAUAGGUAGCAUCACUAGUUGUUGGAGAGAUUCCUUAAUAUCAUCCAAAGCACCAAUAUCUUUGAAUGUCACACCGAUCUCACUAGCUGGUAUGACUUCUGGCCUUGUGCGCUUCUCAAAUUCAUUGUCAGGAGGAAUCUCCAGAGCUUUUGAUGCUGGCGCUGAGUUACCAGCAUCCUUCAAUGUUGAAGCUGAUGCCUCUGUUAAAGCUGAUGCCUCGAGGACUGUGCUUCCAACUUUUGUUUCUGGCUUCACAGCAACAGCCUCAUCCUUUGGUGUAUCCUAGGACAACAAAAAGAGGACAUCAAGAAAAUACUCUUCACGUUCCAUACCAUCAGAUUAUUGAAAAAACAUAUGCACAACCAUAGAAGGUUCAGUCUGCGCUUCCAGCUUUAAAGUAUCCUUGCCAGAAGACUUGCCUUCUUGGAAUAUGCUCAAACCAUGGGACAAACUGUUCCAUGACCAACAAAGUAAGUUAACGAGGCUUGAAUAGUAAGGAAACC